AUGUCUACCCGGCCGCGGCGCUCGGCCGCCCAGCGUGCCACCAUGGCGAUCACUGACAUGGCCGACAGAGACAGAGACCAAGACCGAGACCAAGACGCCAGCGAGCACCGCACCAUGUCGUCGCGCGGCUCCCGUCGCUCGGGGAGCGGCAUCGCGUCGGUCACCAGAGGUCCGCCGUCGUCGUCCCCGGCCAGCAGCGCCGGUGACGGCAACCAGCACAUCCACCUGACCGUCAAGCUACCCUCGAGCAAGCUGCGCCAAGCCACCAGCAGCAGCAAUGGCGGCGGCGCCAAACGCAAGGCCUCCGCCAGCGUGGCUCCUGCUGGUAGCGGCGGAAUGAAGAGUAGAGCAGGUGGCAGUUUCACCAGCAAACGGCCGAGGCCGGGAAAGAAGAAUUACGUCAUUGAGAGUAGCGAGGACGAAGACGAGGAGGAGGAGGAGCAAGUAGAGGAGGAGGAGGAGGAGGAGGAGGAGGAGGAUCAAGAGGAAGAAGGGGAGGAGGAGGAAGAAGGUGAGGAAGAGGAAGUAGAAGAGGACGAGAUCGAGGUCGGGACACGGGCAGGUUUCGCGAAGGCCGAGGAGGAGGAAGAUGAGGAUGAGGAUGAGAACGAGGACGAAGUGAUGGAGGACAUGGGCGACGAGGAUGCCGAAGGGGAGGAUGAUGGUAACGAUAUGGACGUUGAUGCCGAGGCUGACGCUGAUGCUGACGCUGACGCUGACGGCGACAUCGACAUGGACGUUACCCCGGCUCCGCCGCCUCCUACGAUCAAGGUCACCAAGCCGUCCAAAACCGCACCCGCUCCUGCCGUCAAGGGCAAGUCCUCGCCCGCAAAGCCUAGCGGCAAGGGCACGGCCGUGGCCAAGGCCCCUGUAAGAGUCGACGAAGAGGAGGAAAACGAGGAGGACGAGGAGCUGAGCGAGCUCCAAAGCGAGCCCGAAGAAGUCACUGUUGAGGUUGCCAACGGCGAGGAGGACGCCGAAGGCGAAGAAGACGAGGUAGAUGCCGAGGGCGAAGAAGAAAUCGAGGUUGCCGACGAGGACGCCGAGGGCGAGGAGGACGAAGAGCUCGACAGCGACGCGGAGGGCCUCAGCCGCACCGAUAUGCCCGACCUGUCCAAGCUCACCGCCCGGCAACGGGCCAAACUCGGCGAUGUCUCGCACGAGUACAUGAAGCUCUCCGAUGAGGUCCAAGCAAAGAAGCACUUCACCGCCGAGGAGCUCUCGAUGCGGCGCGCCGAAAUGGCCCGCCGUAGACGCAAUCUCAGCGAGAAGCGCAACGAGGAGGUCAAGAUGGAAACAAUCAACAAGCUGCUCAAGAAGCAAGCGCCCAAGACCACGCGCAAGAACGCGGCGCUCCUGGCCGCCGGCGACGAGACUCCCGACGUCGAGCCCCAGCGCCCCGACCCCAUGCUCAUCCGCUGGGUCCACAACAAGAACGGCAGCCGCGUCGCCGUGCCGGACGAGCUGCUGGCUGGGCCGGUGGGGCGGGUGUUUAUCGGUGGCGGGGCCACCGGUGGUGGGGGAGCGCUUGCCGGGGGUAAGAUGGUCGAGGAGGUCUCCUAGUUCUUUCUCUUCUGCUUCUCCCCUUUCUGGUUACUCACAGAGUGAGCGCCUUGAUGAUUGUGUUCAGUGGUUUUGUUUCGGAAAAAGGCAGGUGAUGGGAGGGUAUGAUACACUUGAAAUGGAGACCGACCUGGCGUUUCUGGGACGGCAAUGGAAGAGAUGGUGUGGUUACCUUGGGUUAGGACCAGCUAUAGUAGAAAUCAGUCUGGGAAUUGGUUAUGUCAUGCUCCCCUCAAACUCGGUGGUUGUACGGCUCCGGCUCCAGUACCGGAGUGGAUGCGAUGGAUGUAUUGCACAAAGGUCACUCUAAGACAUUGUUGUGGUUUCUAGCUGAGUGAUUUCGACAUAUGGACAUAGACUAAGCCUUCCUUGAGGCAG